AUGUUAAAACCAGACGAUAUACGUAAAAGCAAUUGGGAAACAGAUGUUCUAUCGCCUGGUCACGUUGAAUAUGCAGCUGUUGAUGCGUGUAUAUCUCUUGAAAUUUACCAAAGCUUCAAGGAUCUUUGCACUGCUGACAAAGCUACUCCCGCUGCAUUAGGUUAUUUGCGUGAUAUCUUACCGGAUGAAUCAAAUUUAUCAAAACGUGAACAAUUGAUUACCCCUAAAAAUAAAUCUUCGAUUGGAAUGGAAACUGUCAAAGUAGCCAAUUUGCUUGUCGCUUCGGAGCCAAAAUGUAUCUCGUCUCUUGUUCAAGCUUCUAACCCUCCUGUCAUUUCUAGAAGUAAUACUGAGCCUAUUUCAAGUACUAGCAAUUCCUCGAGGGCCCUUCCUUCAAGAGUUUUGAAAGAUGCGUUUCAUUUGCCUGAACUCAUAAAGGUAUCUCUCAGACAUGGUUUAAGCAAAGAUUUUAUUCAUAGAUUUUGUGAUGCUUUGUUCGUUAUUGACAGUGACGAUAAACCUAGGAAGAUACAUUCCCCCUCCAGCAGAGCUGUAUCCUAUGGUCAAGAUUAUCUUUGA